UCUAUCCUUCCCCAAAAAGCACUUCGCUACCACACUUCUCCCUGUUUACAUUUCACACUCACAAACAAACCCAAAAGUUCCGGCACCGAAUCCUUUGCAUUAGCAGAAGCAGAAAAAGGAAAGUAAGUAAUCUCUAGUUGGACGACAAUGGUCGACGUGGACCGGAGAAUGGCCGGUCUCAACCCGGCCCACGUAGCCGGCCUGCGUCGGCUCUCGGCUCGAGCCGCGGCGUCUUCUGGAGCUACGUCACUCCCCGUUCGCAACAGUCUUGUUUCGUUCGCUUCUCUGGCCGAGAAGGUCAUGAUCCACCUUCGGAAUUCGGGUAUUCAAGUACAACCUGGGCUCUCAGACGCUGAGUUCGCAAGGGCUGAGGCGGAGUUCGGGUUCGUUUUCCCACCUGACCUCCGAGCGGUCCUCUCUGCUGGCUUGCCUGUCGGCCCUGGCUUCCCCGCCUGGCGUGCCGCCGGCGCUCGGCUCCACCUCCGCGCCUCGCUGGACCUUCCGAUCGCUGCGAUAUCCUUCCAGAUCGCUCGAAACACUCUCUGGUCUAAGACUUGGGGCCCGAGACCGGCCGACCCGGAAAAGGCCUUACGGGUUGCCCGGAAUGCAUUGAAGAGAGCUCCGCUUUUGAUUCCCAUCUUCAACCAUUGCUACAUUCCUUGCAACCCGUCGUUGGCCGGAAACCCGAUAUUCUUCGUCGACGAGAAUCGGAUCUUCUGUUGCGGGUUGGAUCUUUCCGAUUUCUUCGAGCGCGAGUCUCUCUUCAGGAGCUCCGAGUCCGAUCCCCAGGUUCUGAAGAGGCAAAGAUCAGUCAGCGAGAAGUCGGCCGGGUCGUCCUCGAAUUUCUCACGAAGAAGCCUGGACACGGGUCUGGGAUCGGCUGGAGCGAGGACGCCGAGAUGGGUCGAAUUCUGGAGCGACGCCGCCGUAGACCGGCGUCGGAGGAACUCAUCGGCGUCGGCGUCGUCCUCGCCGGAGCGGUUUUUCGAGAUGCCCAGGUCAGAAAUCCCGAAAUGGGUUGAGGAGUACAUCGAGCAAAUCGGAUCCGUUUUGAAAACGGGCGGUUGGAGCGAGUCUGAUAUAUCCGAAAUCAUCCAAGUCUCGGCCUCCGGGUUCUUCGAAGGGGGAGAGAUGGUUUUGUUAGACAAUCAAGCGGUUCUGGACGCUCUGCUUCUCAAAGUGGAUCGGUUCUCAGACUCGCUCCGAAAAGCCGGGUGGAGCUCCGAGGAGGUUUCGGAUGCGUUGGGCUUCGAUUUUCGACCGGAGAAGGAGCGAAAACCGGUUAAGAAGCUGUCCCCGGAGCUCGUCGAAAGAAUAGGGAAACUGGCUGAAUCGGUUUCCCGGUCAUGAGCAUCGAGAUUCUCUUCCUCUUUCUAUUUCUUUUUUCUUUUUCUGGGGGUUUAUUAUUUUUUAAAAAAUUUCAAAGCCUCGGGGUUUGAAUUUUCCCUCUUGUGGGGGUUAAAAAAAAAAAAAAAAUUGGAAAAAUACGUGGGAACUUGUUGUGUAAUACUAUGAAACAUAGCGUAUAAAAGUUCAAACUGCAUUAUUAAA